UGUUGGCCGGAGUAUAAAAGCUCUCUACAAUAUGGUAUGAGUAGCCCAGUAGUAAACUAUAGUUGGCUCAAUAUGAGAACAAUCACAUUUCUCAUCUGUCUCAUUGGAGCAGUGGCUUCAGAGCCUCUUUUCUCCUCUGGAAAAGAAUAUGAAUUCCAAUACCAGGGUAAAAUUCUCUCUGGUAUUCCUGCUCUAGACUCCCAAUUUGCAGGUCUUGUAAUCAAAAGCAAGAUCAUCGUUCAAGCUCUAGAUGACCAACACUACAAACUUGCUUUGAAGAAUGUUGAAUUCAACAAGUUCAAUGAGCGUCUAUCUGGACCUGAACCAAUGAACUGGAGAACUCUGGAGACACCAGAAACUCAGAGUGUUCCUUCCAAGGUUCAAUCAGCUCUUGAAUCUCCUAUUCAGUUCUCCAUGGUCAACGGUCAGAUCUCUCAAAUCAAAAUCUCUGAAAAUGAACCUCAGUGGACCUUGAACUUCAAGAAAUCUUUGAUUUCUCUCCUCAAGAUCAAAACUACUGCUGGAGAACAUGAUCUUAGACAGAACACUGUCAGAAGACAAAGAGGAUCACUCCCAACUGUCUGGAAAACUAUGGAACAGGGUGUUGAUGGAAAGUGUGAAAACUCUUACCAUAUCUCUGAAGUUCCAGAAUACAUGUUGGCUGAUCUUGCUCCCAAAGUUGCUGAAUCUAGACGUUGUGAAGGCCAAAAGAUUUUUCAAAUUACUAAGUCUAGAGAUGUAAACAAGUGUGUUGAGCGUGCUGUUUAUCAGGUCAAUCAGCCUGGCAAGUACCUCUGUCAAAGUGGAAACUGUGACACAAUGUGGGGAAGAAGCUCUCUAACUCGCUACAUUGGAUGCGGUUCUGCUCCAGAAAGAAUGAAUAUCCAAGUUAUUGUCAAUGAGGGAGAAAUCCAACAAAACCUGAUGGGAUUCAACACUGAAAAUGUUGUUACUGGAACCAAGCAAGUCCUUAGGGUUGUUGACAUCAGAUCGUCCAUGUCCUCUCUCCCUGAAAUUCAGUCUCCAAGAACUCUGGAAGAUCUACUUUAUGAAUAUCCAAAAAAUCUGGGAUCAAAAAACACCAACAUUAUCCAGGCAACCAAAAAUAAAAACUUUAAAGAACAACAGAAAAAUCUUCAGAACCAGAAUCAAAACCCAACAACACAAAGAUUCCAACCAUCCCUACCUCUUGAUCAAGAAGAUAUUGUUUCUCAAUUGUCCUCUGACAGCCUUAAGCAAAGAAUUGUUGAUUCACUCACCAAAAUCAUUGAGUACGGAAGAGAAGGUGAUAGUGUUGAAAAGAGACCUCUGUCUGAAAUGACUCUUAGUGCAACAAAAGCUUUCUCUCUUCUCUCCACCCAGCAGAUGACUGAUCUGUAUGAACAGAUCAAGGGAGUUAAAAUGGAAGAAAAAGACCAGGAACUUUUGAGACAACUUGUUCUUGAAGUUGCAGCAAUGGCUGGAACUAACCCUUCAAUUAUGUUCAUGAAGUCCUUGAUUGAAAAAGAAGAGUUUUCUCCCCUUCGUAUUGGAGCCACUCUUGCCACUAUUCCUCACUAUAUCAGAACUCCCACUGUUAAGAUCCUUGACCAAAUUUUUGAACUUAUUCAGUCCUCUGUGAUCACCAAAAAUAGAGUUUUGAAAACUAAUGCUCAACUUGCUUUUGCUACCCUGGUCAAUAGAGCCUGCAUUAAUACCAAUAAAGAAAGAAGAUUUCCCAUUUAUGUUUUUGGAGAUUUUUGCACCACUGAAACUUCUGAAGUCACUUCUAAGUACAUUCCCUACUUUGUUGACCAACUUCAUUCUGCUAAGGCUGGAGAACGCAAAGGACUGAUGCUUGCUCUUGGAUCUCUUGGACAUGAAUCUGUCAUUCCAAUUCUCAUGCCUUAUGUUGAAGGAAAAUCCCAAGGAAGCACUCCUCUUGAACAAAGAAUUGCUGUCUACUCCCUCAGCACUCUCUCCAAGCAACACAGAGACACUCUCCUUCCUGUAUUCUCUGCAUUGGUUCAUAAUCCAUCUGAAGAUAGAAGCGUCAGGAUUGCUGCUUUGUCAUUGAUGAUGAGCAUGGAUCCUUCCAUGGUUUACUUCCAGAAGCUUGCUACCUCUACUUGGUUUGAGAAGGACAAUGAAUUCCAAAAGUUUGUUUUCUCUACUUUGAAAUCCUUGAGUGAAAUUAAGAUUGCUGAACAGCCAAUUUAUGGAACCCUUUACAAAAACUCUCAAAAAGCAAGAAUUGUUCUUCACCUUGCUAAGCCUAUUCCAGUUGCAAUUACUUCAACUGUGAACUUCUUCACUGCUGAAUGGCUAAAAGAGAUGCAAAUUGGAUAUCAAUUUCAUGGAUUUUAUAACACUGUCAGUGGAAUGCAGGGUGUGUAUGCCAAACUUGAAUAUGUUAUGCAAAAGCUCAAAUUUUCUCCUCUUGAAUUCAGUGUCAACUUCCAAGGAACCAGAUCUCUAUGGGAAACCAUCCAAGAACAAUUGAGACCUGGACAACAAAAUGAGGAAAAUGUUCACCCUGAAUGGAAAAAUAUUGCAGCUGCUCUUAACAUUCAGCAAAGAGAAGAUGCUCCCUUUGGAGUUGGUAUGUGGGCACAAGUUCUUAAUGAUGUUCAGUUUAGAUACGGCAUGAAUAUGGAUUCUGUUAAGCCUAUGUUGAAGGCAAUCAAGCAAGGAUUAAGUGACUCAUCCUCUUGGAAAGAUUCUGUUUGCGGAAAAACUCCAAUCAAUCUCGUAAAGGUUGAAAACUUUGCCCCAACUGAAAUUCUUAUUCCCUCUGAUAUGGGAAUGCCAAUUCUCAUUGAAUACAAUAUGCCUACUGGAGUUCAAAUGAGAGGAGACAUUAAUGUUGACUGUUCUGAAUCUGUGCCAUCUGUGUCUCUUAACCUAAGAAAACAACUUUCUACGAGUGUGACAGGAUAUGUUGGAACCAUUUGCCCAUUUACCCAGGAGAUCAUUGCUGUUGGAAUAAACAAACAUUGGACUGUAAACUACCCCACCAAAAUGUCCAUGAAAAUGGAGCUUGGUAAAUUGAGAGUUGUAUACAGUCCUGCUGAUAAUGUGAGAUCUGGACCUAUUGAUACUUGGUCAUACACUGUCAAACCAUUUGCAACAAUCAAACCUCUGGUCUUCAUUGAUCUGACUCCAAUAGCUGCUCAUUCUAACACAAAAAUCAUCAGAUCUCGUACAGAAAGGAAAACUGAACAGUUCCCAACAGGAGAAUCUCUUGGCCUUGACAUGAAAUAUGAAAUCACAACUGAGACUGAUUUAAGAGAUAGAGCCAACCUUAUCAAUACUCUUUCUCUUUAUAAGAACAACCCUUUGAAUGUCAUGCUAUUUAGCUGGACUCACUCUGCUCUUAGACUUGAUGGAAAACCUAGCUGCAGAUAUCACAAUGUCAAGAUGGUUCUUGACCUGUCCAGCUCAACCACAAAAGAAGCUGAAAUAGAAAUAUCUGCUUCCCUUGGUAUUCAGAAGAAUGCACAGCAGCCACAAAUUGUCAGACUUAAUGUUGAUCAACAGUCCCAGAACCCAAUUCAGAUCCAAUCUCAACAGAUUGAUGCUUCAAACUCUGAACAUCAGAAGAUUCAGCAAGUUCUUCAAAUUCUGAAUGUUGAACAAGGUGUUGGUCUUGCAACCUCUGUAAAGAUGACAUUGAAGGGUGAUGCACCUAAAACCUUCCACUGGGUCUUAAGUGCAGGAAAAGGUCUAAAAGGUAUGGACUCAAAAUGGAAUCUCAAUCUUGAAAACAAGAACAGGCUUAAUAUUUGCAUUGAUGGAAGCCUAACCUAUCCUACCAAUUCUAUCAGAAAUGUUAACCAACUUCAGAGUGAAGAUGUCAGAGCCACAUUCAAGAAUAACAUUGGGUUUGGACAAACAUGUGAAGAGAACAAGAUUACAGUUACUGGAUCUGCUGUUGUAUCUCAUGAUCAAAAGGAGAAAGCACAAAACAGCAUUGCUGCCCAGAAGUGUGAACAAGCUAGCAGACAAGUUAAUGAAAUUAGAGAACAAUUAACAAAUAUCAGAGAGGAAUCUCAGGAAUCUAGAAGAUUGGAACAACAGCUGGUUCUGAGGGUUCAACAGAAGCGUGAAUCAUGCAAGCAACAAAUUCAGAAGCUUUCCACCUUGGAUCAGGUUAAGGUCAAUAUUAGGUACACUGAUAUGCCAGAAUAUGUCCAAAGGUAUGCAAGAUAUGCUGAUGUUCUUGUCAAGAGCUAUCUUAUUCCCUUUAUGUCCAGUGUUGAAAGGAAAUCAAACCAAAAUGAAAUUGAUUUUCAGUUGAAAUUUAACCCUAAGAUGGAAACUUUUGAUGCCCUUCUUUCCUCUGGAAAGGAAACUAUCAAGUACCAAAACAUUCGUCUUAAUAUGAUUCCAGCACUUCCCAGAAUCCUGCCAAUGUUUGCUUCACAGCAACUGGGAGAACAAGUACUUACUGCUCUUCAGAUGGCUCCUGUCUACCCUACAUGCAGAGUUGGAGAUGGUGUUAUCAAGUCUUUUGAUAACAAAACCUACAGCUAUGAGCUUGAUGAUUGUUAUCAUGUCCUUGCUACUGAAUGCAAGAAAAAUUCCAACCAUGCUGUUCUGGCAAAGAAGGUCAAUGGUAAGCUGUCAGUUAAGAUCUUCACCCAUGAAUCUAAGAUUACUAUGGCACCAGCAGGUUCAUUCUCUGAGUCUAGAAGGGAGUACAAUGUUGAGGUUGAUGGAAGACAAGUUUCUAUCAGCAAGAACGAAAAGAAAGAAGUUCAGUCCCAGGAUCACAAAUCUCAGUACAGGUUUUACAGGUCUUCUGAUGAUGUCCUUGUUCUGGAAACUCCAUACAGCAGAAUUACCUAUGAUGGUAAGGACAUUGAAAUUUUACACACUGACUCCACCAUGGAUGCUAAUCACUGUGGACUUUGCGGAAAUAGAGAUGGAGAUAGACGUGGAGAUAUUGCAAAUGCUCAGCAACUUCAGGUUUCAAACCCCAAGGCUGCAGCACUAUCAUUCAGAGUUAAUGAUCAGUGCUCUGAACUAACUCAACAACAACAGAAGAUUAAAGCCCAAGCAGCCAACAGUAUCAACAAGCAGGUUGAGAAGAGCCCUGUUUCCAACAUCUUGAGAGCCAACCUUGAGAAGUGCUCCCAGAUGAAGCAUUUGAUUAUCAGGCAAUCUGAUAAGGUUUGUUUCUCUCAACUUCCCAUUGUUGAAUGUGGAAGUGGAUGUUCUCCAAGAUCAACUGUAGAGAAGCAGAUUGCAUUCUCUUGUCUUCCUGCUGACCGUAGAGUCACUAGACAUUAUGAGGAGAGAGCCAGACAAGGAGAAGUUCUUCCUGAGCUUAGAAACAUGGAGAAAACCUUCUCUUCCAAGAUUGAAAUUCCAACUGGAUGUGCCCACCCUGGACUUUAAAUAACAAUUAUUUAAUAAAAAUUGUUUGUCUGUGAAAAGGGAAAUAAAAAAUACUAUUCUAGA